AUGACCAGGUGCCAAGUGCCAGCUGUCCUUAUUCACCAAAUUCAAGAAGAAUUGGAUAAAGAAGAAGAAGAGAUAAUGGUUUUCCUGUGCCGGGACCUUGCUCCUGACUUGGCCUCUGCCAAUCUUAGAGAGAUCUUGGUGGCUUUGAAUGAGAGGGAGAAACUGUCUUUUCUUGGUUUGUCUGAGCUGUUGUACAGAGUUAAGAGGUUUGACUUACUGAGAAGGAUCUUGAAGACUGAGAAAGCAACAGUGGAAGCUCACCUUGCCAGAAGUCUCAGACUUAUCCCUGAUUACAGGGUCCUAAUGGUAGAGAUAAAUGAGAAUCUGGAAAAAGAAGAAGUGGGUUCUCUUGGUUUUCUACUCAGAGAUUAUGCACCUCGUAUGAAAAUAGCAAGAGAUAAGAGUUUUCUAGCUCUUGUAAUUGACCUGGAGAAACUAAAUUUGGUGUCUCCUAAUCAACUGGAUUUGAUAGAAAACUGUUUUCGAAAUAUUCACAGGAUAGACCUGAUUAGGAAGAUUCAGAAUUAUAAACACGAAGCUUUAAUGUCCUCCGUUCUCUCUCAGCCAGUCUAUGUAAAUGCACGUCAGGCAUCUCUCCCUAAUCUCAAUCUGAUUGAUCCCUCUUAUAAUUCAGGGAUUUCAAGUGGAAACAGAGACAAAUUACAAAAUAGACAAAGUCUUACUCUGGCCGAACCAAUCCACAUGUCCAUUCAGGAAUUGGGACCAGUGUCACAUAAGGUGCCAGAUGAUCAUUACAGAAUGCAAAGUCAACCUUUAGGAAUAUGCCUGAUAAUAGACUGUAUUGGCAAUGACACAGAUGUGUUGGAAGAGACCUUCAGAGGCUUAGGUUAUGACGUACAUAGCCACAGAUAUUUAAAUAUAGACACCAUGAAUCAAACAUUGCUUGGAGUUACAAAGCUGCAGGUGCACAGAAAUUGUGACAGCUUCAUCUGCAUAUUGGUCAGCCGUGGAUGUCCUCAAAGCAUCUUCUGUACAGACCAUACUUUUUCUGGAUUCCCUUUGGAACAAGUAAGGAAAUACUUCACAGCAGACUCAUGUCCAGGACUCCUAGGAAAACCGAAGAUUUUUUUUAUUCAGAGCUACGUUGUGCCAGAAAACGACCAAGAAUAUACUAGUCUGUUGGAAGUAGAUGGGAAUGAUGAGAAUAUCAUUGGUAAAGUCACUAUCCCCCAAGUAGCAGACAUCUUCUGGAGUCAUUGCAAGACGGAUGCAUCUACACUAGAAAAAUCUCCAACUUCAUCUUCAUAUUACCUGCGUUGUCUGGCCGAGCUACUCCGCAAUCCUGAUAAAAGGUAA